AACCCAGUCUACUUACUGUUUUAGAAUUUCAUUUAUAAACAGAUAGGUACCCACAGAAGUGUGCAGUGGUGAUUUUAAUGUCUUCUUUUUUGUUUACUGAUGUCUCCUUAAAUAAUAAUUUAUCAGUAAUUACCUAUGUGUUUUUGUUUGUGAAGCUAGAAUGUAAGUGGACGAGUCACCUGACCCUUGAAUUCUCAUAUCUGAUAGUUAUUUUAUUCACUUUGAGAUGUAGAUCACGUUUUUGCAAAAUGGACCUCAAAAUCAUGCUGUAGCUUACAUACACACUACCCUCACCCCAGGAACAACAUGAAAACAGAAAACAGCACACCUGCAACUACUGUUGAACUUUUGUCAUGUCUACACUUGGGAACCUAUUCCUUGCUCACGUUUUCUUUGUUAAGCGCACUCUAACUCCAGUUUGUCCAGUUACUUCUUGAUGAGCUCCUCUACAGGAUUAACAAAUGAGAUUAGAGAGAGAUAAAAAAAAUCUCAUCGUGCAGUUCCGUCUGUCUACCUGCCAAAGAAGGAGUUCAUGCAUCACGCUAACACAGCUGCAUUCAACAGAUGAUCUGGAGAGGCAAAAAGUCUAUCUGAGACUAUCAGUGUUGAUGUGAGCCACAUACAUUGGGCUAUGAACAGGUGUGCGGAACUGUGGGAUUGUUCCUUGUUGAGUCGUAUUUACACAAUCCAAAGCUGCUCUCCUGCUGCCUCCUUUAUACGCCUCCACAAGUGACGGGAGAGAAGCCGACAUGCUGCAGUUUAUCUGGACUUCCAACCUGUGCUUUUUAGCCAGUGUUUUUUUCAUAGGCCAUUUGGAUAUUAACGCCGAUGCAGCUAUCUGGGUCCCCAAACUAAGAGAACCAGAUAAACUCUCACACAGCUCUAAUUUUUCAUGGGAACAAACUCAAUCUGGAGCAUUUACUGAAGCACCUGAGGACCAAGGACUAUUGCCACGAAGGAAACGCAAUGUUCUUCUUUCUAGCGGAGUGCGACUUUGCACUCAGGAGACUGUUCAGCAAGCCAUAGCUAACCAUCUCAAAUAUUACCGACUUAGAGUGUGCCAGGAGACAGUGUGGGAGGCAUUCAAGAUUUUCUGGGACCGCCUUCCAAUGCAAGAAGAAUACCAGCACUGGAUGAGCCAGUGCCAGGCCGGCACAGUCAGCGCACAAGAAAUUAGCACUACAUUCAGCCAGUCAGAGGAACAUCUUGCCCUUAUUCACAGACGACUGGUUCAAACUGGAUUGAAAAUUGAGGGUUCUAAGCCCCCUGUGUGCAGGUCUCAGUCAAAGGCUACACUCAAAGAGCAGGACAGUACCCCUUCAGGUGUCGAGGUGGUUCCAACAGAAGUCAAUACAGAUAUCACUGGGACUGUGCCUUCUGCAACUCUGACUGAAGUUGUCUCAGAAUCUGUUGUGGAAAUUACUACACAAACUCCAUCUGGUGUCACAUUAACAGGAGAAGAGAGUGAGAUCAAUAAUGAGAUUGAGUUGGAGACUGCUGCUGUGCCGGGCCAUCUGCUGGCAGAACAAAGAGUGGAGCUCACUGGGCUGCUGACUGGAGAGCCGUGGAGUGAAGAGCUCUCUGACCCCACCAGUAACCAAUAUCGCACACUCACUCAGCUAUUUAGCCAGAAGAUUUCGGAUGCACUGCAGAAGUUGCCUGAAUACAAGAGUGUAUCUGUACUGGAGUUCAGGCCUCAAACUGGUGCUUCAGGUGAUGAGGCAGUACUGGUGCAGUAUGCAGUGACUCUGCAGACAAGCGGUCAGGAGGUCAGCAGUGAGACUCUGGAUUUCAUCAAUCUGCAGUCCAACAUGGUUGAGGGCACUUUCAGUGACUCAGAGAAACCCACUGUUGUAUACACCCUCACUGACCUGCGUGCCUACAUUACAGACACCUUGCUUGUGGAAACAUAUCCAGAGAGAGAUCAACCUACAAACCUACAGCCUGAGAUGAUUGAGGAGAUACUUGCAGCAGAAAAAACUGAUUUGCUUGAAGAGGAAGCAAGGAAAGAGCUUACAAAAGACAACUUGCUGAUAGACAUCACCACGUCACAGGAGGAAAAUGUGGGAGCGAAUAAUGGGGUCAUUUUAGAGGAGAACACUACACAACCACCUCUCACUGAGCAGCCCAGCACAGGUUCCUCAGAAGAUAUAGAGGUGCAGGAAGAAUUGCUGUUAAACAGUGCUGUGGAAACCAGCGCUACUCCAUCUGUAGGCUCCACCCAAGCUGCUGAUGUCUCUUGCUUGGAACCUGCUUCUGGUUCUGGGGCAGGGGAGGAUGAUGGGAAAUCAGUUAGAGAGCCAGGUGGAGUGACAGAUGAAGAUACAGUUUUGACUGAAAUGCCGGUAGAGGAUUAUGAGCUCUUCACCAUCACCACCUUGACAGAAUCUAUGGAAGGGGAUCCGACAUCAUCUAAAGAAGAACUGACAUCACCUGCCCUGGUGACUACAGAGACUGCAGAAACUAUAGAGAUACAGAUUAGUGAUACCUAUGCACAUGUAGAGCCAUCUGUGAUAGUAGAUAGAACUCCAUCACCUGAUCAGGCAGUGGAGGAGCUUGUGACCACUUUGAAAACAGAGGAGGAAACAGGAGGAGUUACAGAGGUUCCUACAGAAACAGACAUUGGAGUCAAGGAAGAAAUAGAGGUCCCUAUAGUGACAGAGGUGGACAUUACUGUAGCAACAGAGAACAAAGCUGUGGCUCCAACAGUAAAAGACAAAGAAACAGAAAAGGCUGAAGAAGAGGGAGAUGCUGACAUUAUGGUAGAGAAAGGUGAGGAUAAGGUUGCUGUGGAAACAGAUACUCCGGCUGUUGAGAUCCCAGAGGAGGAUCUCACAGAAGACGAUAUCCUUCUGGUCACCAUAGAACCCAUCAGGCCUGCCCAUCCCACACGUCUCUCACCAGAGAAAGAGUCACCCUUCACUCUCAUUACCAAGAUAACGCAAGUGGAGUCUGAGCCCAACCUGCCCUCUGAUAUCACAGUAUCUGAGCAAGACCUUCAUGUUAUUGGAAAUGAUGAAGGUAGUGGGGUCACUGCUGUUGCCCAGGGUGACGACCAGGCCAGUGUUGCCAUGCCCCCUGGCCGUGCUCUGAUGGUGUUCUUCAGUCUGCGGGUGACCAACAUGAUAUUCUCAGAAGAUCUGUUCAAUAAGAGUUCUCCAGAGUACAAGGCCCUGGAGCAGAGGUUUCUAGAGCUGCUGGUGCCAUACUUACAGUCGAACCUCAGUAACUUUGAGAAUCUAGAGAUACUGAACUUCAGGAAUGGCAGCAUUGUGGUGAACAGUCGCAUGAAGUUUGGGAAGCCAGUGCCUCGGGGAGUCACCACAGCUGUCUAUCUGAUCCUGGAGGACUUCUGCAACACAGCUUACCAGACCAUGAACCUUGCCAUAGACAAAUACUCACUAGAUGUGGAGUCAGGUGAUCAGGCUGACCCGUGUAAGUUCCAGGCAUGUAAUGAGUUUGCAGAGUGCACAGUGAACCGCUGGUCCGGUGAGGCAGAGUGUGUUUGUAAUGCAGGUUACUUCAGUGUAGACGGCCUGCCCUGCCAGAGCAUCUGUGAUGUCCAGCCCGAUUUCUGCAUGAACGAUGGCAAGUGUGACAUCAUCCCGAGACAGGGAGCCAUUUGCCGGUGUCGGGUAGGGGAGAAUUGGUGGUACAGAGGGGAGCACUGUGAGGAGUAUGUGUCCGAGCCACUGGUGGUGGGCAUUGCAAUAGCGUCAGUGGCCGGCUUCCUGCUAGUCGCUUCAGGUGUCAUCUUCUUUUUAGCCCGGGCACUGAGAGACCAGUACGACAAGGAAGAAACAGAGGACCCAAUACGGAGAGGAGACAGUAUUCCUUCUCUGGAGAGGGCCACCAAGUAUAAUCCCAUGUAUGAGAGUGAUGCGACGACAGGCUAUAGCCACUACUACCGCCGUUAUCCUGAGCCCCCAAUCCACAGCAGCGCAAGCGCUGAGGCUUCUACAGACUUCAGCAGUGAGGAGAUACGUCACAUCUAUGAGAACAGUGAACUCACUAAGGAGGAGAUUCAGGACCGGAUUCGCAUCAUUGAGCUGUAUGCAAAAGAUCGUCAGUUUGCUGACUUUGUAAGACAACAUCAGGCGGCACUAGAUACACGGAGGGAUAGUUCAUCUACAUAAAGUAGCCUCGCACUACGUAGCCUGGUGCAUACAACAAGGAACAUGUCUCGUCUUUGGAAAAUGCCAUUUGAAUGAUUGAUUACUAAAAUACUGUGGGAUCAGUGUGCUUGAAGAACAUUUAUGACUGCAAUCUUCUACUUUCCACAAGGGACUUUGCCAUUGCUUUUUAAAAUGGCUUUCUACUUUCUAUAAGAAAGAUUUUUCUCCUGUCAUGGCUGUUCUACUCAAAGCCAAAACACAGUUCUCUGUCCUAAAUGAUUGAACGAGAUGCUUGUUUCCUCACUAGUGCCUUUUUGACUGUCUUUUAAUGAGCUUUGUCUCUAUUUCUCAGCCUAUCAUGAGCUGGAGUUCAAAGAUACAGAAAUCCUAAAGGUUACUUGAAACAAAGAAUUUUUGAUUAUUUUAGUGUUUAUAGCUAAGACUUAAUUAUGUCCUUUUCAUAUGUCAUAUAAACAGCGGUGAAUAUUUUGUUUUAUGUAUGAAUUUCAUUGCACUGUAUUUUAUGUUGUUCCUUUGUGAAACAAACUGUAGAGAGUUGAUUAUCUCGAGUCUUGCUGGACUGCUGGAUCUCUUGAUGGGAAGAGAUUAUUUCAGUCUUUAAUAGCUUUGCUGAAUCUGAGGUGCUACAUGGUUUCAGUUUCUUACAUGCUGUCAAACAGGGCCAAAAGAGAUAAAUCUGGUAAACUAUUACUCGCCGACCUUAAUUUUUAAUUUUAUCUGGCAGCUGUUUUCUAAAAUUAUUACAACCAAAUUGUUCAUCGAAAGGAUAUCAAGUGAAAGCAAGAAGGAAUGUAAGAGAAAAAGGAAAUUUUUCUCUUUUAUGCUGUAUUUAUCCCUAGAUUUAUCUGUAUUACAUCCAGCCAGAUUUAUAUUCAUGAGCCUUUUGCAGACACACCCAAAAGUAAUGCAGCAGCUGGAAAGAGCAUGUACUACAGCUAAGAUAAAGGUCAAACUCUGACAACUGAAAUACACCACAAAACCCAUUUGAAACUCUUGUUGACCCUAACUUGACCAUAACAGUGCUUCUCAAAGCUGAUUUUUAUGGUAGCUCUGCCAUUUGGAAACCUCUUGUAACCAAAGCCUUGUAACUUGGUGUAAUGAGAGCAAAACAUGGACCUUGGAGUAAUGGAAGAAAGUAAUAUGUGAGUCAUCUUAUGCUUUUUUUGCAUGAAUGUUUUUCUUUUAAGGAAGGCUUCAGCCCAGGUUUUCUUUUUGAAAAAUGAUCCAGAGUCCCAUUAGAAAUUGUUCAGAAUGUGUUUAACAGCAUUUCAAGAAGAACUGAGGCAGCUCUUCAAGACAAAAUGCAGCCCAGCAUAUUAUUGAUGUAUCCCUGUAUAGCCUAGUGUUUGACUGUGUAAAAGGAUUUUUGAAUUUCACUGUUUUAGAAUUUUGUAGAUUUAGAUACUGUGCAAUAUAGAGAACAGUGUUUCUCUGUCUUUUUUAUAUGUGAGUUAAGGUUACAUAUUUUUACAGUAUUGAGUGUAUAUUCCAUUUAACUUUUUUGGAUAAUAUAAAGUAUAAAACUGAGUAAAGACCAAAUAUAAAUAAAGAUGUUUUUCUACUGAACACUUAGAGAUCUUUCAUUUUAACUUUCAGUAAAAUUAGUGUUUCUGUUCAGAAAAUUGAUGGCUGAUAUUUGGUAAUGCAACAAUAUCAAAUCUCUGACAACAAUGCAACCACUAAAAUAUUCAAAGCAUAUGUUUAUUAAGUGUCUGUGUUGGUAAACUGUAGGUCCUGGGGCAGAAAGCUUUGAUGGUUCUGACUGGAGCUGUAAUGGUGACUGGCACAUUCUAAGGAUGGACACAGACAGGCAGCUGUCUCAGCUUUCUUAUUUAGCCCUGCUACAACUUUCUUGAUGGAUGCUGUGCAGUGUGUGAACAUUUGGAGUCAUAUGGAAAGUGUCUAGUGUUUUGGGCAAUCUGAAUAUUUGGAGGGAAGAAUGUGUUUGUCCUUUAACAGUGAAGAUGGUCAGCUUUCCACAUAGUGGAACUAAAUUAGGAUUAAAGAAGCCUCACUGUAAUUAGUCAAGGCAGAGAUUACAGAGCGGAUUACACAGCAUUACCAGGAGUCUGUGGUAAACGUGUGUGUGGCUCCAGUCACACACACAUAGAGCUGACUGAUAUUCACUGACAGCUCACCUCCCAGCACUCUCUAUCCCAGCAACAGGAAGAUCCCUGUGAUAUCAUCACCUCCUAGUGGGACACACAAUAGCUAAUGAUCACAGACCUAUACUUUUCUGGAUAAAGGACAAGAGUGAGGGAUAGAAAGACAGUAUGAUGCACUCAAAAAACAAAGGUUCCUAAAUGGCUCAGACUUAUUGGUAUAGAACCCUUACAUUAUGUGGAGUUUUGCUAAACUUCUUCUUCAGACUCCAUUGAAAGGUUCUUUAGGGAACCAAAAGUGUUGUGUACGUGCAGUGCAUAAUAGAAAGCAAGUACUGUAUGUUUUCUACAGUGUUCUAAUGUGAGUGCCAGUAUUUUUCUGAUAUGUUCCAAUACAAUGACUGUACAGAAGUCAUUCAGAGGAUGAAACUUGCUAAUGCGAAACAGAAGCAUAAUCUUUUGUUUCUGUCAAGCCAUAGUCCAGUCAAGGACAAUGUGUUUGUGGUUUGCCAGGCAAAGGAUAAGCCUAUUGUUUAGGAAAGGCCGAAAGGCACACAGUAUUAAUAGCAAUUUGCGUGCAGCUGAGGUUAAGAUAACAUGAACUCCCUGUGGAGCCUCUUAUCAUGGACAAGCCUGAAUAUAGGGCCCUGAUUGGCUAAAAGGGACCACCUGCUUCACUCUCUUAUUUCUCUCUCUCUCUUUCUCUUUCUC